AUGUAUCCCCCUCAAGGCACGGUAGCGAAGAGGCAACUGUGGAAUGACAUAUCGAACAACCUGGUUUCUAUAGCUGAGUUCUGGGUUAUGGAAGCUUUGUCUUGUUUGAUAGAUAAAGCUCGGGAAGUAGGGGCGAUCAAGGGUAUCCAAACGCCUAACAACGGGCCGUUUGUUUCGCACCUCUUGUAUGUGAAAGAUGCCAUGGUUGUGGGGGAGUGGUCGAAAGAAGAGGUGGUUAAUGUCGUUAGAAUUCUUCAAUGUUUUCUUAUGUGUUCGGGCCUCAAAAUCAAUAUCGAUAAAUUGAACCUUUAUGGUAUUGGAGUGGGGAUGGAGGAGAUCAGGGAGAUGGCAAACCAGGUGGGGUGUAAACCGGAUUACCCUCCGUUCAAAUAUCUUGGGUUGAUGGUAGGUGCCAACAUGAACCAAAUCAAUAAUUGGCAACCGGUUUAUGAUAUCUUCCGAAGUCGUCUUGCGAUGUGGAAAUCUCACCUUUUAUCUAUUGGAGGUAGGGUUGUUAUCAUCAAUCAGUGUUGGAAAGCUUGCCUACUUACUGCUUCUCAUCGUAUAAAGCUCCUAAAAGGUUAUUUUGGAUUUGGAUUCUUUGAUAAAAAAAAAGUUCUUGUGGGGAGGUUCCAAUGA